ACUUUUAACUAAUUUUUAAAAGUAAGUUUUUGUCAGAUUCGAAACUUUUUAUGCUACAAACAAUUUUGUAUGCAAGUCAAAAAAUUUGAAUUUUCUAUGUAUUCUCAUAAAAUGCUGCAGAAAAUAUGAUGUUUGGGGUUUGCGUGCAUUAGAUGAUUUUAGAAAGAAGUGCUACAUAGAAAAAUUUUAAAAAGCAUUUUACUUUCUGAAUAAUUCAUUCUACAAAUAAAAUAUUCUGACACAUAAAACUGAAAUUCCUCCAAAUUAACAUGAAUAUGCACAAAAAAAACUACAAUUCUUUCGAUUUCUAGUAUAAUCUGGAGUAUUUCCUGCAGGAUUUUGAGGAAUUGCUCUCGCUGGCUCAGAUUAACUUCUCAUUGUGACAGUUCAUCGGGAAAAUAUGGUGGCUGUUAGCAAAACAAACCCCCCAUCAGGGAGGCGCAGCGGCUGGGGGGCAGUCAGCAGCAGCGCUAUGGGAGAAUGGAGAGGACAAUCAAAGGCUGUUAUUUUAAUCUGUCCUGCCUCGGAGAUUAGCCCUCCACAUUGUCUCAAUUGUUUUAACUGGGGAGGGAAUGAAACGCUCCCUUAUUGGGCGAUCCUUGGCAUAAAUCUCUCAAGUUCAAUAGUUUCAAAAAACUUGAGCUCCCAGUUGCCCCCCUCUCUUCCCUCAUCCCACCUAAUCCCAGCUAAUACCUUCCUUUCCAUUGGCUAAUGGCUGAGGGGAGCCUGGGUGAAGGCGUCUUAAAUAGUCCGGGGUGAGAAUGGUUUCAGGGAAGGAGAUUCAUGAAGCUGCAGGAAAAGGAGCUGCAACUGCCUGAGGAUUUAUUUGGGCCUGAAUUGGACUGGAGGCUGACUUCUGACUGGAGGAACUCGACUGAUCCGAACACAGUCUGGAUCUCAGAGUCGCGAUGAACUCCUUAAGUUUCUACGGAACCACGGGCAGUGGCAUGUAUCCCGUCCACGGUGUGAACUCGGUGCUGUUCGACCUCCGCCACCAGGUGGCGCAGCAGUACCAGGCUUACCCCGCUGCUGCAGCUCCGGCGGCACACACCUUCUCUGUGGCGGAGAGGCUCGCAGAGCUGAUCCUGGAGGCUCGCUAUGGCAACCAGCAGAAGCAGCGACGCAGCCGCACCGCAUUCACAGUGCCGCAGCUGCAGGCUCUGGAGGAGGCCUUCCAGCAGACGCAGUACCCAGAUGUCAGCAUGAGGGAGAGGCUGGCCAUGUGCAUCAACCUGCCUGAGGCGCGCAUUCAGGUGUGGUUCAAAAACAGGAGGGCAAAGUACCGUAAAGGCCAGAGAAGCUCCUCUCUUCCACGGGACUCCUGUCGGGACGAAACUCUGCAGAGCAGCAAAAAGUCACCGGAGGAAGUGAAGACAGAAGACAAACAGGACGUCAUCACAUCACACGCUGACAGCCAAGCCUCUUCGCGUUUCUGUCCUCCGUUCACUCCCACUGUGGAUAAAAACCAGGAUGCUAACCCUGACGUGUCGCGGUUUGCUCCUUCACUGCCGUCCGCGCCGCUUCUCUCCUUCUCGGCUGCAGAUCGUUUCUGUCGCCCGCCUCAGCAGCCGCUUCUGUCCGCUGAGUUUCCACUUCCUCCGUUGUUCUGGCCGCUCAUACAGCAACACUUCUCCAUCUCAGGGAAUCCUUCAUCUGCUACUAAAAAUGGCAGCCUCACUCUUCAGACUAAUUGCUCCACUAAAGUGUUGGGCCACCCUCACCUGUAGGAUUCAAACCCUCUGAACUCGUCUUGAAUUUGAUCCAUUUCACCUUGAAAUUACCAUCCAAUUUCACUCAGAUUGGAUGAAGAACAUCUGUGAACAUAAUUUUUAUGUCUUGCAACAGAUUCUCAUUUGGAUUUAAGUCUGGACUUUGACUAGAACAGGGGUGUCCAAACUUUUUAGGCUGAGGACCAAACUCGCCAAGCUGAAAGUAUCCAAGGGGGCCAAAAUUUUACUUUAUUUCAUUUCCACAAUUAAAAACGCAAAAAUAUUAUUGUGAAUGCUUUCUCUUUUACCUGCACAACAAUAAAUAAAACAUGUAAUAUUUUA